ACUUUGCAAAAAGUUAGUUGGACAUUUUUGCCACAGCUGGAAAGCAAAGAUGGCUCUGAAAAAAGCACAGCAGAAGUUCAACCUCCCAGAGCACACACUGAUCACAGAAUGCCCAACCAGGUGGGGUUCCAGGCAGAAGAUGAUUGAGAGAGUCCUGGAGCAGCAGCGGGCCAUUUCUGAUGUCAUCUCAGCAGACAAGAAAUCAAGACACUUGAUUCCUACUUGGCAGGAUCUUGAGGUACUGGAGUCUGUCAACCAGGCAUUACACCCCCUGCAAGACUUUACAGAUGCCCUGUCUGGUGAGAGCUACGUUAGUGUUUCAUAUGUAAAACCAGUCCUUCAUCUGAUGAAGACGUCGGUGCUUGCAGAGAAGGAAGAAGACAGUGAUUUGACAAAAUCAAUUAAGAAGAAAAUCCUCGAGUACCUGAUUACUAAAUAUGAAAAUCCAGCUACCCAGGAACUUCUGGACAUGGCGUGCUUCAUGGAUCCCAGAUUUAAAGUCAGCUACACCAGCACUGAUCGAGUCUCAGACAUCAAGACCAGAGUGAUGUCAGAAAUGGAAGCAGUGGCACAGAAGGAGAGAAACUCCGCUGAACCAGAGGCCCAGACAGAUGAUCCACCCAGUCGUCCCCUGAAGAAGGCAAAAAAGUCACUGGGCAGUUUCUUCAAGGCAGCUCCAAUCCCUACCUCCUCUUUUAUGCAUCUCUCACAAGCUGUUGAAGCUGAGCUUAACAGCUACUUGCUAUCCACGGCCAUAGACAGUGAGGAAGACCCCUUGGCAUGGUGGAAACUCCACAAAAUGACAUUCCCACAGCUAAGCAAGCUUGCAAGGAAGUAUCUCUGCAUACCUGCAAGUAGCUCACCUUCAGAGAGACUUUUUAGUACAUCAGGAAACAUAGUAACAUGUCAGUGCACAUGUUUAAAACCUUGGAGAGUAAACAUGUUGGUUUUCCUUACCAAGAACUUGCCAUAAAAAACAUUCACUCAGGAAGGAUGAAUGCAAGAUAGAGAAACCUUUUUUUUUUUUCAAAAAAUUACAAAAAUACACUACCUACAUUGUUCUUAAUUGUUGAUAAUAUUAGUCUUGGCCAGUACGACCACAAAGGUAGACAAUUGUUCUUUGGUGUGUUCCCACAGCAGACAAGUUCUUACCUAUAGUUUAAUCUAGUAAAGUUUCCACUCCAGUUUUGACUUGCAUCAUAACUACUUGGUGAGUGGUAAAAUGAUGAACAACUGCAUAGAGAUAAUUUGCAGUAUAAUUUAAGUUAUGUUUAUUUAAAACUAAUUAUAGAGACCGGGAAGGAUGUCUUUCAGAAUUCAAGCCUCAGAAAUUUU